CAGGGCCCCGGUGGCCUGGGUGCUCGCGCCCGCCGUGCAAGGGAUGCUCCCGGCCGCCCCCGGUUCCGCGGCUCCAUCUGGGAUGCGGCGAGGAGGGCAGCCGAGCUGUCCGCAAACAACGGGCCUUUAGUUUUCAGGUGGCGAAACUGACUGGUCUGGUUAGAGCGCGUCCAAGCCAAGCCGCAGUGCUGUUUGGAUUUUUAAAUUUCUCCUUCUGAGUGAGAAAAUAGCAAUCGAGAUGGAACCAUCCGCACAACAGCUCCAGCUGGCAGCGUCACUUCCCGCCAAUUUAUCCAACUUCUGCCAAGGCUCUGAAAUGCCAACAACGUCGAGGCCUGCACUUGAUGUCAAGGGUGGCACCUCACCUGCGAAGGAGGAUGCCAACCAAGAGAUGAGUUCCGUGGCCUACUCCAACCUUGCGGUGAAAGAUCGCAAAGCAGUGGCCAUUCUGCACUACCCUGGGGUAGCUUCAAAUGGAACCAAGGCCAGUGGGGCUCCCACUAGUUCCUCGGGAUCUCCAAUAGGCUCUCCUACCACCACCCCUCCCACUAAACCCCCAUCCUUCAACCUGCACCCCGCCCCUCACUUACUGGCUAGUAUGCAGCUGCAGAAACUUAAUAGCCAGUAUCAGGGGAUGGCUGCUGCCACUCUGGGCCAACCUGGGGAGGCAGGGCCCCUGCAAAACUGGGACUUUGGGGCCCAGGCGGGAGGGGCAGAAUCACUCUCUCCUUCUGCUGGUGCCCAGAGCCCUGCUAUCAUCGAUUCGGACCCAGUGGAUGAGGAAGUGCUGAUGUCGCUGGUGGUGGAACUGGGGUUGGACCGAGCCAAUGAGCUUCCAGAGCUGUGGCUGGGGCAGAAUGAGUUUGACUUCACUGCGGACUUUCCAUCUAGCUGCUAAUGCCAAGUGUCCCUAAAGAUGGAGGAAGAAAGCCACCAAUUCUGUUGUAAAUAAAAAUAAAGUUACUGACAAAGAGA